AUGACACAACGCGUAGUAUCACCAUCCAAUGCUCGUUCCGCACAACCCAGUCCAAGGCCAAAAUUCGACGUCGAGCAGAUCAAGCCAUACAUGAAGAAACUACUGGCUAGCACACUGCAGGGAGCGCAAUGGGAGGCAAGGGAAAAACAAAAGAUUCGAGGAUGGUGUAAUGAGAUCAGUGAGAGAGUGAAGGACAGGAUGUUGGAGGUUGAACCACGAGGCUUCAAAUAUCUUGUCACAACACAAAUAUACGAGAAUCUUGGACAGGGUGGACUGGCAAGUCUGGUCUCACACUGGGAAGACUCAGAUACGGUCACACAAGAGAUGUUCAGUAAUGACUCCCUAAUAUGUGUCUGUCUCGCCUACGCCAUCCGCACCGCCUGACUGACCCUCCGGACCGCGUUUCUCUCCAACUCUCGCUCUCAUGGGUUUCUCGGGCCGGUUCCAACUGUAUGACUAGCAUUCCUGCAUCCUUUGCUAUACCCGCCAUUUGGUACUUUCGGUGCUUUCGGUUUUUCUAUGGGAUAUGUAGGCAUUAUACGGUAUGAAAUGGUGUACG